AUCAAGUCUGAAUCAUCCCUGCAUAUCCCCAUGUACUAUGUUCUGUACAUGCUGACAUUGGCAGACACGGGGCUUGCCCUUUGUACUUUGCCCUCUAUGCUAGGCAUAUUCUGGUUUAACUUUAAGUCCAUUGCCUUUGAUAUCUGCCUGNGCACCUUCUCCGCCACUGAAUCUGGCAUGCUGGUGGCCAUGGCCUUUGAUUGGGUGGUAGCCAUCUGGAACCCGCUCAGGUAUGGCACCAUCCUAACCAAUGGUGUGGUCUGGAGAACAGGAGCAGUCAUCCUGACAAGGGCAGUCUGUGUGGUCUUCCCUGUGCCUUUCCUUAUCAAAAGACUUCCCUUCUACUGCUCCAACAUCCUCUCCCACUCCUUCUGCCUCCACCAAGACGUCAUGCGCCUUGCCUGUGCCAGCACCCGGGUCAACAUUCUCUAUGGCCUUAUUGCUGUCAUCUUCACAAAGGGUUCUGACUCCCUCUCCAUCCUCCUCUCCUAUGUGUUCAUACUCCAAACAGUAAUGGCCAUUGCCUCAGGGGAGGGCCGGCUGAAGGCACUCAACACCUGUGUUUCACACAUCUGUGCUGUACUCAUCUUCUAUGUUCCAGUCAUUGGGNGUGUUCCACUCAUUGGGGUGUCUGUCAUUCAUCGCUUUGGAAAGCACCUUUCACCACUGACUCAUGCCCUCAUGGAUAAUGCCUACCUUCUUGUACCCCCUGUCCUGAACCCUAUAGUCUAUACUGUGAAGACCAAGGAGAUU